AUGACAUCUAUGCGUGGAACGAAGAGAAAGGUCGCUAAGGCGGAAGGCGAUGAAGAGGAGCCCGUUCACCAGGUCCCCCCUGUCUACGCCCCGUUCGGAAAGUACAUGGCCCCCGAGCUCCAACAGAGCUUCUACAAGCCGCGAGACAUCCUGAACUUCUGCGCCAAGUCAUUCUACGAGAGACGUCCCGAAGACCUCAGCGACAAGCAGGAAGAAGCUAAAGACAAGAUCGUCAGCAUCUUCAAGACCCGCAAGGCGCACUACGGCCAAGACGUCGAGGGCGUCAAAUCCAUCGUUCCCUAUAACAGGGAUGUCAGAAGCUUCAUGGGACACCUAGACAACUUCUUCUUCUUCGGAAGCCUGGAAGAGCACAUCGAGCUGCACACCGGUCUGGAUCUGAACCUGAGCGACUCCUUGUAUCAGUCGGAGUCAGUCCCCUGCACUCGACGCAAAACGCAGUACGUGCGCCUCGAGAUAGAGCUCGGCGCCAAGGACAAGCUGUACGACCUGUACACAAUCCUGGGCAAUCUGAUGCACGAGAUGGUGCACACCUGGUUCCUGGUGUUCGGCUGCAACUGCGACGUCUGCGACAAGGACAAGCUCAACACGACGGGCGUCCCGACCGACGAGCACGGCCCCGUGUUCCUCAUGCUCCAUCGGCUCGUGCUGUCCGAGAUGCGCCGCUGGGACCCCGUCAUGCGGAAGCUCCUGGCCGACGAUUGCCCGGGCAGCGUCACCAGCAAGAGCGCGCGGGAGCUGGGACUGGACACCACGAGAUUGCUCUGCCCGGCAGAGAGGAAGCAGUACCAAAGGCUGCGAGGCGGCAGGUUCGCGGAGCGACAUCUCAUCCGCCUGACGGAGCACCACAAGGUCCUCGUCAAGCCUGACCUGAAGCACAAGCAGCUGGAAGCGGAGGACAAGCUCGUCGCUCAGACCAAACGCAAGGAAGAGCGGGCGACGGACGACAGAAAAUACGAGCGGGCCGAGAAUCACGACGGCGACGAAGAGGACGAUGAGAAUGGCGCCGCCCCUCCUUCUCCUCCUCCGGAGUAG